UCAGCAUCUCUGAGCCUGAUAUAAGCCGCGGCCUCCUCCUGCGGAGUCUCUCCAUCUUCUGUCUCCACGACUCUCAGCUCCUCCACCCGCAGCUCAGCAUGACCUCCGCCGCCCAGCCCAUCUUCUCCCAGGGGGAGGACUGCAAAGCCUCCUGGCACGACGCGAGCGCCGGGUACAACGAGGCCGACACGCACCUGGAGAUCAUGGGCAAGCCCGUGAUGGAGCGCUGGGAGACCCCGUACAUGCACUCCCUCGCCACGGUCGCUGCCUCAAAAGGCGGUAGGGUUCUGGAGAUCGGUUUCGGCAUGGCCAUCGCCGCCACUAAAAUCGAGUCUUUCCCCAUCGAGGAGCACUGGAUCAUCGAGUGUAACGACGGUGUGUUCGCCAGACUGGAGAACUGGGCCAAGUCUCAGCCACAUAAGGUCGUCCCUCUUAAGGGUCUUUGGGAAAACGUUGUCCCUACCCUGCCCGACAACCACUUCGAUGGUAUCCUGUACGACACAUACCCUCUGUCAGCGGACACAUGGCACACUCACCAGUUUGACUUCAUCAAGGCUCACGCUCACAGGAUGCUGAAGCCCGGUGGCAUCCUCACCUACUGCAACCUGACCUCCUGGGGCGAGCUGCUCAAGACCAAAUUCGACAGCAUCGAAAAGAUGUUCGAGGAGACUCAGGUGCCUCAUCUGCUCCAGGCCGGAUUCAAGAAGGAGAAGAUUAGCACCACCACCAUGGACAUCGCCCCCCCCAGUGAAUGCAAAUACUACUCCUUCAAGAAGAUGAUCACUCCCACCAUUGUCAAGGAGUAAAGUCUGAACACACCCUUUCACCUCAUGUGCCUUCUCAGCUGAACCUCCUUACCUCUCACUGUGCCUAACGGACAUUUCUCAAUAAAGCCAAGUUCCCUCCCAACUCUC